UGUGUCUUAUUACCAAACCAUCCCAGACGCAAGGUUUUUAAAAAUUAAAUCCUCAUUUGAAGCCGCAGCCCUCAAUAUGGACGUGUUGGUGGAAUAACUGUGCACAGGUAAGCAUUAAUGGUAAAUUAAAAUAAUUUUUGCCUAGAUGAAGUUAUUUACAAGUAAAUAACUGCAGAUGCAAGAAAGGUUUUUGAGCAAAAUGAAAUAUUUUAGAUUUUAAUUUAGGUAACAUUAAAGCUAAGCAACUUAUUUUAGAUAUUUGCAUCAAGUAGCUUAAAUAUGUAUGCUUUUAUGACUGAAAAGACUUACCUGAAGCAGUAUAGUUUUUAUUUCGAGUGUUUUAAAGUAAGAGACUAGCUGGGCUAGGAGAGCUAGCUUCCUAGCUAGAGCUAGCCUCCUAGCUAGAAACAGGUGUUUGACAAGUUGACAAUAUUUGGGGUAGGUGGUACCUGUGUGGUACCUACUACCUAGCUUUUGGUGAUAAAAGUUGGGUGAUGAACUGUAAGGUUUUCAUCAUUAUAUUUAACAAUAUUGGCGAACUGCUUGCUUUAUGUUAGCUAAUUGCACCGUAGUGAUGCUUGUUAAGCUCGUUAAGCUUGAUUUCAAGCAGGAGAUUAAUAAGAAGCAAACCCACAGGUUUCUGUGAAACUUGUUUAUCUUUUGGAAAAGCACCAAUGGUUGAAGGUUUUAAUAAUUGGCUGCAAUAGGGCUGGUGCAUCAAUGGCUUUAAAGCUGUGUACUGUAAUCACUUUCAUGACUUAAAUGCUGAAAGUGUAAAUCAAGAGUCCUCAAAUUUAGGCAAAUAUCGGUGUCCUUCAAUUUUUAAAUGUGUAUUUGUACCUGAAUCAAUUAGCUGAAUAACCUCCUCAUAUGCAGCCAAAUUCUCCAGAUUUCUGACCACAUUAUUUGACUUAGGUGUGUUGAAGCAGAGAUGCAUCUAAAAGUUGGAGGAGACUGUCCCUGGAAGACUGAUUAAAACUGUUUAAUUAAAGAUAAAUUGGACUUCUCUAAUAAAAUUCAUUUGUGCAACAAACUACCCUUUUUCCUUAAAGUAUGGCUCAAAUGUUCUUGUAAGGCUGUACUAUUGGCUGAACAACAAUAUAUUGAACACUGAACUAUUUGUAGAUGGUAAAGCACUUUUUUAAAUCAGUGAUUAAAUAAAUUAUAGUGUUGGUGUUUUAUCUGAGCUGUGUGUCUUGCAUGCAUAACAUGUUUCCAUAUUUAUAAUUAAAUUUUUAGCUUUAACAUUUGUAGGAAUUACAAAGAAGCUUGUAAUUCCUUCUUUGACUGUUAUAACUUUUCAUACAUGUCAGUAAAACAUGCAGAGGCGAAGACGCAUAAAUCCGAAGGAAGAUGCCAAAUAUUAUAUUGAUACCAAAACGGACAAAGUGGGGCUUGACGUCACGUACAUCAAUGCCUUUAAAGGUCGUGGUAUCUUUGCCACAACCUCUUUUCAGAAAGGAGACUUUCUGUGUGAAUAUCGAGGUGAACUGAUCAGUAAAGAGGAAUGUGAGAGGAGACAGAGAGUUUACCAUGACAACCUUAAAGUAUUCUUGUUUGAAUUCUAUUUUAAUGGAAAACUCUGGUGUGUUGAUGCAGCAAAAGAAGAUUGCUCCCUUGGAAGGCUUAUAAACGAUGACAAUAUCAGCCCAAAUGCCAAAAUGAAGUAUCUGACCGUCCAACAGAAACCACAUUUGUGUUUAUUUGCAACUCGAGAUAUCAAUCAGGGAGAAGAGAUUACGUACAAUUAUGGGGACUCAGACUGGCCAUGGCGACUCAAGAACUCCAGUGGGAUGUCUUCAACUGGACAAGAUGUUGAGGUGCCAUCCACAUCACAGUUGGUUUCAUACUAUGGACCGGUAUCAAGCAAAGACCAAAUAAAGAUCAGAGCUGAAAAUGACCCGGAUCAGAUGAUAACCAGUGUCAAAAACGAGACAGAUCCAGUCCUGGAUUCACUCCCCAUCAAGGAAUUGGAGAAAGAAAUGUCCCAAAGUCCUGACUGCACUCAUUCAACUUCUACGGCUGGCAACACAGAACAGAUCAGAGCUGAAAAUGAUCAGGAUCAGAUGACAACCAGUGUCCCAAAUGAGACAGACCCUGUCCUGGAUUCACUCCCCAUCAAUUCAGAGGAAUUGGAGAAAGAAAUGACCCAAAGUCCUGACUGUCCUUGUACAACUUCUUCAGCUGGCAACACAGAACAGAUCAGAGCUGAAAAUGAUCAGGAUCAGAUGACAACCAGUGUCCCAAAUGAGAUAGACCCUGUCCUGGAUUCACUCCCCAUCAAUUCAGAGGAAUUGGAGAAAGAAAUGACCCAAAGUCCUGACUGUCCUUGUACAACUUCUUCAGCUGGCAACACAGAACAGAUCAGAGCUGAAAAUGAUCAGGAUCAGAUGACAACCAGUGUCCCAAAUGAGAUAGACCCUGUCCUGGAUUCACUCCCCAUCAAUUCAGAGGAAUUGGAGAAAGAAAUGACCCAAAGUCCUGACUGUCCUUGUACAACUUCUUCAGCUGGCAACACAGAACAGAUCAGAGCUGAAAAUGAUCAGGAUCAGAUGACAACGAGUGUCCCAAAUGAGAUAGACCCUGUCCUGGAUUCACUCCCCAUCAAUUCAGAGGAAUUGGAGGAAGAAAUGUCCCAAAGUCCUGACUGUCCUUGUACAACUUCUUCAGCUGGCAACACAGAACAGAUCAGAGCUGAAAAUGAUCAGGAUCAGAUGACAACGAGUGUCCCAAAUGAGAUAGACCCUGUCCUGGAUUCACUCCCCAUCAAUUCAGAGGAAUUGGAGGAAGAAAUGUCCCAAAGUCCUGACUGUCCUCAUACAACUUCUUCAGCUGGCAACACAGAACAGUGUCAAAAACAUCACUUGAUGUGCACAACAGUAUCCUCUUUGGAGAAGUGUACUCAGUGUUUUGGACCUUGUUCUUCAUUCAAGUGGGUUGGCUACCAGUGCAAAGGUUGUUCAAAAGUCUGGCAUUCAUCCUGCCUUAAACAAAUUAUAAAGGAUGAUGGAUCUCAGGCAAAAGAACUGUUUAAGUAUUCCAUAGCUGACUCCUCAUCAGAUAACAACACAUCACCUUCCAAAGAAUGUGAAAUGUCAGAUGAUGACCAUGCAUCUGAUAUUGACUACAUACCAAAUUCAGAAUCUGCAGAAGCUGAUGAAGACUCAGAUGUUAGCAUCCCUCUUCAGCCCAUCAAGUCUAAAGUUGGACAACUUCAAGGAAACCCAACAAUACCCGAUCUCACUUCAUUCUUGCCAGACUCAAGUUCUGUGGUUGAACCUUGCACAUCAAAUUACUGGCCUCCUUUUCACACAGAUGAUAUGGGUGAUGGCACAUUCGAAACAUUCAGCCCAGCCAAGUCUACCAAAGACUCAAACAAUAAACCAAAAAGUCAAAAGGAGCUUCACAAACAGGAAUCCUCACAGCAUAUUUUGAGUGCUAAGAACUAUUGCUUUGUAUGUGGUAGGCCACAGAGCAAAAUUUCACGCCAUUUAAAAACCCACAAGACACAUGCUGAAAUUGCUUAUGCCUUUUCCCUUCCGGAAGACUCAAAAGAGCGCAAUGUUCUUCUAGAAAAAAUGAGAAACAAGGGGAACUUCAAACAUAACUGUGAGGUUUUACAAAGUGGGAAAGGAUCGUUGAAAGUUAAGAGAAAGCCAAAAGCAAAGACUGGAACAUUUAUACAUUGUAUGUACUGCCAAGGUAUGUACAUUCGAAAGGAACUAUGGAGACAUGUGCAAAGAUGCCCCUGUAAGCCACAAAAUGAAGAUUUGAACCAAGGACAUGGAAGAACCAAAGUACUGGGUUUUGCUAUGGCUCAAGAGUCUGCAUUCUGUCAAGAGAUUUCAAGUGGGGUUUGGAAGCUCCUCGGUCCCAUGAAGCAGGAUGAUGUAGCCACAGUUGUGAGAAAUGACCUGACCAUUAUUCAGUUUGCCCAGUCUCUCUACAACAGACAUGGACAAGACCCUACUAAGUAUGAGUACAUCCGACAGAAGCUCCGUGAAAUUGGACGUCUGUUAAUAUGUCUACGGUCUGAAUUCUCUAUACAUAACUUGGAGGAAGCUGUGAAACCUGCUAACUUCCAAAGAGUUGUCCAGGCAGUAAAGAUUGUCUGCGGUUUUGAUGAAGAAAAGCAUUCAUACCAAACACCAAGUCUUGCACUAAAACUGGGACAUACACUACAGAAAAUCAGUGACAUUAUCCAUUGCCGAGCGCUCAUGGCAGAAGAUGAAGAACUGAUUAAGUCAACAGACACUUUCAAAAAGCUGUAUACAUCCAAGUGGUCUGAGUUAGUGUCACAUACUGCCUUGAACACUCUGAGUCAUGCCAAAUAUAAUAAGCCAUUAACCUUACCAUUCACAGAAGAUGUUCAGAGUCUUCAUAGGUACCUUAAGAAAUCUGGAGAAAAUGCAUUUUCUAACUUGAAAGAAGAGGUCAGCCCCCAGAAUUAUGCAGAACUUGCAAAAGUUACUCUUGCACAGGUCAUUGUGUUCAAUCGAAGACGAGCUGGAGAAGUCUCAAAGAUGCGUCUCAGAGGUUUCCAGCAGAGAGAUGACUCCAAGCUCCAUGAAGAUGUUGCUGCUGGAUUGUCCAAGGUUGAAAAAAGGCUCUGUAGCUACUUCAGCCGUGUUGAAAUAAUUGGAAAAAGAGGUCGAAAAGUUGCGGUUCUCCUUUCUCCAGAUGUGGUGGAUGCUCUGACUCUGCUGGUCAGCAAAAGAGAGCAAUGUGGUGUUUGCUCCACAAACAUCUUUCUUUUUGCCCGACCAAGAUCUCAAAGUCACUACAGGGGCCAAGACUGUUUGCGUGUUUAUGGAAGCCAAUGUGGGGCGAAGCAUCCCGAGUUCCUCAGGUCCACGCAACUCAGGAAGCAUGUUGCCACAUUGUCACAAGUCCUCAACCUCAAAAAUAAUGAAAUUGACCAGGUGGCUGACUUCCUGGGACAUGAUAUUCGUGUCCACAGGGAAUUUUAUCGCUUACCUGUGCCAACAACACAACUGGCAAAGAUUUCUAAGCUUCUUUUGUCCAUGGAGAAAGGACACGUAUCUACCCUGCAAGGAAAAUCCCUUGAUGACAUCGAAAUCGAAGAUGAAAUAGAACUAAGUGAGGAUGAAGAAAAGGAAGAUUUAAGUGAUUUGGAUGACUGCGAUUCUGUGGAACCUGAGGAACCCGUGGAAACCGUGGAAUCUGUGGAACCUGAGGAACCUGUGGAACCUGAGGAACCUGUGGAACCUGAGGAACCUGUGGAGCCUGUGGAACCUGAGCAAAGCAAGAAUAUGGAUGAUUUGUUGGGAGCAGUGUCAUCGACAGCAGAGGAAACUGUCCCUCCUGUUGAAGAGACCUCCUCUGCUGCACCCAGAAGACAACCAAAAAAACCAUGGUCAAGUGCUGAGGUUUCUGCUGUUAUGAGGCAUUUUAAAGCUCACAUAGGUAAAGGAAAACUUGCCACUAAAAAUGAGUGCAAACACUGCAAGUUGGUGGAAGGUCCUGUGCUGGCUCAAAGAACAGCACAAAAUAUCAGGGACUUUGUGAGAAACCGUGGAAUAACUGCUAUGAGGCAGGCACAAAAGAAAAGGCUCUAGAUUUUAUG